AUGUGCUGUUGCGCGAUGCGGUAUUUGACGGAUUUCCUUGAGAAGAAGGCAGUAGAUCUGCAUGCUAUGUGGUUUGACAUCUUCGCUGGCGAGAUGUACCUCUUCAGUAAGCCACGUCGCAAGUUUAUCAUUGUUGAUGAAAGUACCGUGGAUCAACUGGAGAAAGAAGUGAAUCAACCCAUUGAUUUCCUUGAGAAGAAAGCAGUAGAUUUGCAUGCUAUGUGGUUUGACAUCUUCGCUGGCGAGAUGUACCUCUUCAGUAAACCGCGUCGCAAGUUUAUCAUUGUUGAUGAAACUACCGUGGAUCAACUGGAGAAAGAAGUGAAUCAACCUAAUGUUUAG